GCCCUUGCUGGGACCUGCCGAAAUACUUUUUGUGCUUGGGGUUCAGUCUGUCGCCUCUGCCUGCCGAUCUGCUCUGUGCCGUGGGAGUGUGUGAUGUGGCUGUGGCUGUGAGCUGGGAUGGGGGUAACGAUGUCUGCCAGGCAGCAGGGUGAGGAGGGGGCUUGUUUCUGUGGGCUGCAUGCAGUGCACACCGCUCAGGGUCUGCGGGUUGCUGGGCAGUGCACACACCGUGGGUUCCCUGUGCUGCUCCUGGGCAUUGCUGCACUGAGCUGGGCUGCAGGGCUCAGCUUGAGGAGCCUGCUUCACAAUGCUUGCUUUUCCUGAAAGAUGCUGAUGUACGAAUGCUGUUUUUUACUACCUCUUAUCACUACUGCCUAUGGGUCAAAGCACAGUGGUUCAGAUGUCAUAUUUGUUGCUACUGUUGGUUUUUCUCCACUAAAAGUUGCAGGCUGGGAUUCUUUUGUUGCCACACUUGCUCAGCACAGGGAUUUCCAUUGCUCAAGACACACUUUUCUCCCACACAUCAGAGCGAUGCGGUGCUCUCCCACAUGAACCCGAUCCUCAGCAUGCAGGGUUCGCCCUUAGUCCAUUCUCAACAAAACCAUCCACACGUUUCCAGAUCCUCAGGUUCUUUCCUGCGAUCAUCUGACUGAGGCCUGUUCUCAGAUAUCACUUCUGCUAAUCCUCUGAGCCUUUCAGAGCCUUGUCUUUCCAGCAGAGGGGCUGAUCAGCGUGACAGAGAGAAGAACGCAAGGCAUUGAGCUUUUCCUCAUAGCAGCACGGUGUGUGGUGCUGCUCCAUGCUCCUCAAGCACAGCCCCAGACCCCAAGGAGAGGGCGAUGCGGCUGAGGCUGCGAGUGUCUGCAGUCUUGUUUCGAUGGGAGGCUGAGGUUUCUAACACUGUGCAGUCACAGUGCCUCCAGCAAUUAGGCUGGCUUGUUCUGCUGCUGUGCCAAAAUAAACAGUGAUACAUAUUUACUGUGAGAUGUACGCCCUGCUUGAAUUAUAGCUCUGGUCCUGCAGAGUGUGACACGCUCAUAGCAUGGUAGGAUGACCAGUUUCUGCUGUGAGCAUGGCAAGUAGGCAGAGAUGUGAAAGCCCAGUGGCUUCAGGCAGGUCCUUGGUGGUGAACACAAGGCAGCUGUUGCAGCACAGCUCUGCAGGGGCUGGAGGAUGUCAGGAGGGAUCUCAUUCCAGAGCCUUCAUAGAUGUUAUUUAGGGGCACACCAGGAAAGCUUCUAAUAAUGCUGUCACAAAUAGAAACCGCUUCAAGGUCUGUGGGGUCACUGCUGGUCUGUGGGGUGGAGUAAUGAAUAGCACAGUUAUUACACCCUCAAAAAGAAAAUUUCCAAGCUGUUCUAUUUAAGUUCACCCAACAAUUCUUUGUAUUUUGUAAGCAUCCCAGUAACCGCCAUGGCUUGAACAACUUGGUGUAUCAGGAGCAUAUUCCCAGGCUGUGAUUUAGCCUGGUAAAUGACUCCCAUUUCCCUGACACCCCAUGCACAUUGCCUCUGCAGAACCCUUUCUGUCCUUUCCCUUGUGGCACUGAAUCCAGCUGAGUCUCAGGAGCCAAAGCCUUGAGCACAGACACUACCCAGCCCUGUCCUCCAUUCAGGGUUGAGGUGGGCUUAUUUCAUUCCAUAAGCAUGAAGAAUACACAAGAAGGCUUCUGCUUAAGGCUUUAAAGGACCUCUUGUUAGACUAGACAACUUAGCCCACUUAUGACCAGAUUACAACAUACAGACUGGUCCAGGAGCCCCAUGCUUUUCCCCUUGCUGCAUAACAAUUGAUGGCUUGUUUUGGGGUCAGGGAUGGAGGUGACAGGGCAGGCAGCUGCAAAGCUCUGCCACAGGUUUUGUUGUGUCUUGUUGCCCAGCUGUAUGAUGUCACUCUGUUGUGCUUCAGUUACAUAUAAGGGAUAAAGGGCUGAAAAUGUGAAUUGUUAAUAUUGAUAGCCCACAUCUGGUUUAAAACAUAGAUAGAAAACGAUGCAAAACAUACUCCCAACUUGUACAUCACUGGAGCUGUCCUGGAAGUAAAAGCCACGCCACGCUGAUAGGCAGUCAUGGCCAGGCACAGGCUGAUCAGUAUGGAUUAGCUCACAGCAGUAAAAGCACUCAUUCACAGCAGCCAUGGUGCUCAGACAUCAUGCAUGUGCUUCUGUCAUUCCUCUUCUCCACACCUUCCUGAAGGUAAAUACCAGUGACAGAGCUGGCAGACCUGGCUGCUCCACCAGCAGUGUAAAACUGUAGGCACAUUGCCUCGUGCCUGUGCCGCUUCCCAUCCUCCAUCACCUCUCAUCAGUCCAUAAGAUCCGUAAGAUGAGGCUGAUUUCUCCCACUUGGAGGCAAUGGAGGCAGGGUCUGCUUCCUCCUGUUGGGGCAGAGAUCGUCCUAGCUCACCAUUACCAUUCUUUUUUCCCUCUGACAGGUUGGUUUUGUUUUUAAUAAGGAGAACCAGGCUUUCCUUUCUCUGAGCACAGAACACAGAGGGAAACACUGGUAACUCUGGCAUGUCAAAAUGCUUAUCUUGGGCGGGAUCCCUGCAAACAACAGGGCCCCUCAUGCUUUCCUACCCACAGCACUGCCACAUUUGUCUUUUGGCAAUUCAGCUCCUAAUCGUGUUGCUUUCUGCCAGCCGAUAACAGCCCUAAAGAAGGUUCAGACAGCCUUUCAACCCAGGCAGCACCUCAGUCAUUGUGAGAGUUUGAUAGAAAACCACUCAGCUGGUCCCAGUCCCUGCCUGCCCCUCUCUGCCAAGCAGCUGGAGGGGAUUGCAAUGAUGAGCUGACCAUUGGAUGUACACAGGGAGCCAGGAGUGUGAGCUGAAAGUCAUUGAACAGGAGAAGGAAGUGACAGUUCUGCUACCAAAAGAUGCUUGUAAAUGCCAUAAAGAAGACUUGGCUAAAGCCUUAAACGUUGAUUUACAGACUGGGCUCUCCGAGUUUUCUGUGCUGCAGCGAAGGUUAAAACAUGGCUGGAAUGAAUUUUCAGUAGAUGCCACAGAGCCUAUAUGGAAGAAAUACCUGGACCAGUUUAAAAAUCCCCUCAUUCUCUUGUUGCUGGCUUCUGCUUUGGUAAGCGUCAUCACUAAGGAGUACGAGGAUGCUGCGAGCAUCACCAUGGCUGUGCUCAUCGUGGUCACCGUGGCCUUCAUCCAGGAGUAUCGUUCUGAAAAGUCUCUGGAAGAACUGAACAAGUUGGUUCCUCCUGAGUGCAACUGCCUGAGGGAAGGAAAACUGCAGCAUCUUCUAGCAAGAGAGCUUGUGCCUGGAGAUAUCAUAUAUCUUUCUGUUGGUGAUAGGGUACCUGCAGACCUCAGGCUAAUAGAGGUUACAGAUCUGCUGGUGGAUGAAUCCAGUUUUACAGGAGAAGCUGAGCCUUGCAACAAGACUGAUGGUGUGUUACUAGAAGCUGGAGACAUAACCACUCUGAGCAAUGUUGUUUUCAUGGGGACCCUGGUGCGAUAUGGGAAGGGAAAAGGUGUAGUUAUCGGGACAGGUGAAAAUUCACAGUUUGGAGAGGUGUUCAAAAUGAUGCAAGCUGAAGAGACUCCCAAAACACCUCUCCAAAAAAGCAUGGACAGACUGGGGAAGCAACUCACCCUUUUCUCCUUUGGCAUAAUUGGUUUAAUAAUGCUCAUUGGCUGGUUACAAGGAAAGCAUCUUCUCAGCAUGUUCACCAUUGGAGUUAGCCUGGCAGUGGCUGCCAUCCCAGAGGGCCUUCCCAUCGUGGUCACUGUGACACUGGUGCUGGGUGUUCUUCGUAUGGCCAAGAAAAGAGUGAUUGUGAAGAAGCUGCCCAUCGUAGAAACCUUAGGCUGCUGCAAUGUCAUCUGCUCAGACAAGACGGGCACUCUGACUGCCAAUGAGAUGACAGUGACUCGACUUGUGACCUCAGAUGGCUUCCAGGCAGAGGUCAGUGGGGUGGGAUACAAUGGAGAGGGAAAUGUUUUUCUUCUGCCAUCAAAGGAAAUACUUAAAGAAUUUUCCAACGUCUCGGUUGGGAAACUAGUGGAGGCUGGCUGCGUGGUCAAUAAUGCCAUUAUCAGGAAAAACAGUGUGAUAGGACAGCCCACAGAAGGAGCUCUUCUUGCUCUCGCAAUGAAGAUGGAAUUAGCUGACAUAAAAGAUAUUUAUGCAAGAAAGAAGGAAAUUCCAUUUAGCUCCGAACAAAAGUGGAUGGCUGUGAAAUGCACACUGAAAAAUCAGGAUCAGGAAGAUAUUUACUUCAUGAAAGGAGCAUUUGAAGAAGUGAUUCGACAUUGCACUAUGUAUAACAGCAGUGGCAUCUCAUUAAUGCUCACACCUCAGCAGAAAGCCUCCUACCAGCAGGAAGAGAAAAGAAUGGGCUCCUCAGGUCUACGAGUACUCGCUUUGGCUUCAGGUUCAGAACUUGGCAAACUGACCUUUUUGGGCCUGGUUGGAAUAAUUGAUCCCCCCAGGGCUGGAGUGAAAGAAGCUGUGCAGGUCCUUGUUGAGUCUGGUGUCUCAGUAAAGAUGAUAACUGGAGAUGCCCUGGAAACUGCUGUGGCUAUAGGGCAGAAUAUUGGUCUCUGCAAUGGAAAACUGAAAGCCAUGUCCGGGGAAGAGCUGGAUCAAGUGGCAGAGUCAGAACUCUCAUCAACUGUCAAAAAUAUUUCCAUCUUCUUUAGAACAAGUCCAAAGCACAAGCUAAAAAUCAUAAAGGCUCUGCAGAGAGCUGGUGCCGUUGUGUCAAUGACAGGGGAUGGUGUUAACGAUGCUGUGGCUCUGAAAUCUGCAGAUAUUGGGAUUGCCAUGGGGCAGGCGGGUACAGAUGUCAGCAAAGAGGCUGCCAACAUGAUCCUUGUGGACGAUGACUUCUCAACAGUAAUGAAUGCAAUAGAAGAGGGAAAAGGAAUAUUUUACAACAUAAAAAACUUUGUCCGGUUCCAGCUGAGCACGAGCAUUUCAGCUUUGAGCUUAAUUACUCUGUCAACAGUGCUCAACCUACCUAAUCCACUCAAUGCCAUGCAGAUCUUAUGGAUCAACAUCAUCAUGGAUGGGCCCCCAGCCCAAAGCUUGGGAGUUGAACCUGUUGAUAAGGAUACAAUCAAACAGCCACCCCGAUGUAUUACGGACACUAUACUCAGCAAAUCACUGAUCCUGAAAAUCUUCAUGUCAGCUCUAAUUAUCAUUAGUGGAACCCUCUUUGUCUUCUGGAAGGAGAAUCCUAAAGGUGGCAUAACCCCCCGGACCACAACCAUGACUUUCACGUGUUUCGUGUUUUUUGACCUCUUCAAUGCUCUGACGUGUCGUUCUCAGACAAAGCUGAUACUGGAAAUAGGCUUUUUUCGAAACCGCAUGUUCUUGUAUUCUGUGCUCGGGUCAUUUCUGGGACAGCUGGCUGUUAUAUACGUCCCUCCAUUACAGAAGAUCUUCCAGACAGAGAACUUAGGAGUGCUAGACUUGCUCUUUCUUACUGGACUGGCUUCCUCAGUUUUCAUCGUGUCUGAGUUGGUCAAACUCUGUGAAAAACACUGCUGCCACCAGAAGCACACCAAGGAAUGCAGUAACUGAUGCCCAGAGCAGAGCUGUGAUGCUGGGGAACUCAAUGCAUUGGUCUAACAAUAGCAUCUUUUCCGAAGACACCCCAGUGAAUCUGUACCAAACAUUUCUUCCCACUCCAGUCUGUUCCUUUUGUGCACUGUACAUAAGCUACGGGAGCUGUCUACAGACAUCUCUGGAAUGACUCCUGUUUUAAAGCAAGAUCGGGUAUAUUUUUAUAACAUUGAUCUUUGUGUUGAGAAUGCUGGUAGCCCCCAAACAGAGUAACGCAGUUUCACACCUGUACAGAAAAAUCUAUUGUGCAUAAAUUGAAGUUUUAUUUAUUGAAAUCACAGUGAUUUUUAUUAAUAAAAUUCUAUGUUUCAAAAUGA